AUGCAGGGGCAACCAUGGCAUGGCCUGGCGGUCAUUGCUACCCUUGGGACUCGCGCCCUUGCAAAUCCUCUUGCGCAUUGGAAUGUGCUAGGAAAUGCAAGCUUGAACUACGAGCACUUGAUGAUGAGAGAUAUAACUGAAUUCGACCCAACAGACCUUUCCUUCAUCACAAGAAUGGCCGCCAUUGGCGACUCCUACUCGGCCGGAAUUGGCGCUGGUGACUGGCUUGGAACUCUUACCCAAGUCCGUGACCCGGAGAGUGAAGCUGCAAGACAUGGAAACAUUUGCACUUUUGGUACUCUACUGAAAGGAAUGCCCAUGGAGGUCGCUAUUGACGCAAGACUGGUGAACACUGCUGCAGGGAGCCAAAUGGAAAGGGGAUCAUGGGACUACUGCUUGAACAACGAGGAAACCAGGACCAAGGUCCAAAUCACUGAAGAUGUGGUCAAGGUUGCAGCAAGGAAUGAGGACAAUGGAAAGGAAGUCAUGGCACUCCUGCUGGAGCAACGAGGAGACCAGGUGUAA